AUGUUUACGACAGUAUUAGGGAGUAUUCAGAGCAAGGCUCCACGCCGUCCUGUCCAUAGCCUCGUCCUAUGGACCGGCCUCACAUUUUUUUUAGUGGCCGCAUCCACUUAUUUUUUAUCUCAGACGAGGCCCGCCGUAGACUACUUUACUCAUCGUCAAGAGGAACCAGCUGCAGCAAAUCGCACGAAUCCGCUUCUAACAAAAGAAGGAAUCGACCAGUUCGCUCUUGAUCAUGCAUAUCCUCGCCUCGGGGAAAGUGUCAACUUUACCGGUCUCCACCAGCUUUGUAAUUCUACAAAAUGGCAACCAAAUGUCUAUUUCGCUUGUAAUCACAAUGCUGGUGGUCUUAUGAAUGUUCGCAAUAUGGUUUUGAAUUGCAUUCGUUACGCUAUAGCGGCCGGUGUAAGUGGGCUGGUAAUGCCUCAGAUGGAAGUCCGCGACCCAGUAGACCUACGCCAUCUAAGAACUGGAGAAUAUCAGAGUAUUGGUUUUCUUUUUGACGAACCUUGGUUUAAAGAAGUCAUGAAGGAAAACUGUGGUCAGAUGGAAGUGUUCGAUACUAUUGAUGAUAUUCCAUACUCGGGAUACGCCAUGAUGCCGGACCUACUGAAUAUCCAAGCCAUAAUGGAACAACCACGAGGGACCAAACACGGGAUGUUGAGAAAUAAGAAGCCUUGGGAGUUCCGCUCACGCUUUGAUAAACUUAUUAAAUCACAAAAUAAAAGACCAACGGAAACGUCUCCAGUCAUCGUCCGAUUAGAUGACAGGACGCUAUUCAGCUUCCCACCAUCUUUCGACCCCCCCUCCGUCCUAAACAGUCUCGGAUUCACCCUCGAUUUCCGCCCAGAUUUAUCAGCUCUGGCGAAUGUUAUAAUCGACCGUGUACAUAAAACUCUAAAUGCUAGCGGAAAUGAUCCGUACAUCGGUCUUCACCUGCGAUCGGAACCCGAUGCAGGAAAAUACUGGGCGACCUGGGACCAACUAGCGAAUGCAACGAUAUCUACCGCCAUGAAUAACGAAAUCAAACUCGUCUACGUUGCUUCGGGAGACACCGAUGGUGUCGCUAAUCUCACUAGAAAAGCAGCGGAGUCGGGUAUCAAAGUCUUAGACAAAUGGAAUGUACUGUCUGACGACGAGAAGGAGUACCUAGGGCCGUUUAGAUUUGAUCAACAGGCCAUUGUAGACUAUUUGGCUUUGUUGCGAUCGGAUAGAUUUGUUGGCAGUGGACAGAGUAGUUUCAGCUCACAGCUACUCUUAAGACGAGAACUCCUCGCAAAUCUUACGCUAACAGAAGAGGAAAAGCUUGCUGAGCCAGAGAAUGUGUCAAGAGACCAGCUUGCAGGGCCGGGAAGGCUGGGGUAUUGGGAUAUGGAUUGGCCCUGA